AUGCCGACCGUGCUCUUCAGUCCGUUUGCUGCUGGUUCCGCCGCCCGCAUGUUUGACGACUCGUCCUGCAGCGAGUGCUUCAAGGCGGCGCACGACUCGAUCGAUCAGCCCGCCAUCGCUGCGAGCGCAGCGGCGGCCGCCCUAGGGAAGCAGCUUCGAGUCGCUUGCGCCGACCGCAGUGGUCCGACCGAGGUAGCCCUCGCCGAGGUGAAGCGGCUGCUAUCGGUUCCGGGUGCCGACGUGAACGACGCGAACCGAAACGGCAAAGCGGCCAUCCACCACACCGCGCAGCUGCGGUCCGACACAGAGGUGCUCGCGUGCCUGGUCGCCCACGGAGCAGACGUCAACGCGACGACGCACCGAGGUCACACGCCGCUCAUCUAUGCGGCCGGCCGCUGCCGCGAGCAAGUUGUCCGAUUCCUCCUCGCAAACAGGCUUAGCUGCUGA